ACAUUUGAGAUUGCAGUUGACAUUGGUAAAUAUUUUUAUUUUGCGUGUUGGUGCUUGGCACGUCUUUGGAGUACGUUUUAUUAGCGACUGGCAGUAAUGGUAGUUCCAGACGAAUCUAAGAAAGCUCAGACGCUGCAGCUAAUUGCGGAGAAGGAUGCUAUAGAAAGGAAAAUCCAGGAAUAUGGGCAGAUACUAGAAACGAACAAUGUUGGCAUGACAGGGAGCCUAGUCGACGCGGAAGGCUUUCCACGCAACGAUAUAGAUGUUUACCAAGUUCGACAUGCGCGACAUCAAAUCAUUUGCCUGCAAAAUGAUCUGAAAGCAUUAAUGAAGCAAAUCGAGAAAGGAAUUGAAGAAAUACACGCAGACGCUAGACGUGAAGAGCAAGGGCAAACCAGCCCUAAAUUUGCCGGCUUUUCCGAAUCAGAAGGUGGAGCUGAAGCUACUGAGUUUGAAUUACGACCUUUUAUUAAAGUUGACCUUGUUUCGUCUGGAUCACCAGCAGAGGAUGCUGGUUUAAUGGCUAAUGAUAGAAUAUUGGAAUUUGGAUCUAUCAACUGUAAAAACUUCGUAAAUUUGAAUACAAUCGCAGAGGUUGUCAAGCAUCGCGAAAAGCAACGUAUUCAGGUUAAAGUGAAGAGAGGUGAACAAGUUCUUGAUUUAAAUUUGAUUCCAUCUCCUUGGCGAGGGAGAGGUUUACUUGGAUGCAAUAUUGUUCCAGUUGACCCAAGUGAACGUUAAUUGUUAUCUCAUAAUUUUGCAUUUACGAACAAUAAAAUAUUCUGCAAUCGUUCUUGAAAUACA